GGAAGGAAGGAGACUUGCAUUAGAUUUAUUCCCUUUUUACAGUCUGAGAGAGUCGUUGCGCUUGCCUUGUCAACCCACCCACCACCUCUACAGACCUUGAGAAAGGAAUUUCGGAAACACCAAGAUUUAAUAGGUUGCGAAGAUGAGUGACAAUUUGAUGGAGAAAGUGAGUGCUUUUGGUGAACGCCUCAAGAUUGAAGGGAGUGAAGUCGGCCGAAAGAUGACUGCCGGCUUGAGCUCAGUGAGUUUCAAGGUGAAGGAGCUUUUCCAAGGUCCAAACCAAGGAGAUAAGAUCGUUGAGGAGGCUACGUCUGAGGCACUAGAGGACCCUGACUGGGCGUUGAAUCUUGAGAUUUGCGACAUGAUCAAUACUGAAAGAGUUAACAGUGUUGAAUUAAUCCGUGGGAUAAAAAAACGGAUUAUGUUGAAGAAUCCCAGGGUUCAGUACCUUUCUUUGGUGCUGCUUGAAACAGUUGUUAAGAAUUGUGAGAAGGCUUUCUCUGAGAUAGCAGCUGAGAGAGUUCUUGAUGAGAUGGUGAAGCUGAUUGAUGACCCUCAGACUGUUGUUAAUAACCGCAACAAGGCUUUGGUGCUGAUUGAAGCAUGGGGAGAAUCAACUGGGGAGCUCCGCUAUCUGCCUGUUUUUGAGGAAACAUACAAGAGUUUAAGAUCACGGGGUAUUCGGUUCCCUGGUCGUGACAAUGAGAGUUUGGCACCUAUAUUCACUCCCCCUCGAUCAGUUUCAGCUUCAGAGUUGGAUGCUGGUCUUUCCCAGCAGAUUCCAGCUGAUAUUCCAGUGCAAAGCUUUACGCCUGAACAAUCAAAGGAAGCAUUUGUCGUUGCAAGAAACAGUAUUGAGCUUCUUAGUACUGUUUUCUCUUCUUCACCCCAACAAGAUGCUUUACAGGAUGACUUGACAACCACACUAGUGUACCAGUGCCGUCAGUCUCAAGCCACUGUGCAGCGGAUCAUAGAGUCAGCUGGAGAGAAUGAGGCCUUACUGUUUGAAGCGUUAAAUGUGAAUGAUGAGAUCCAUAAAGCUCUGUCCAAGUAUGAAGAACUGAUGAAGCCGUCCGUUGCUCACCAGCAGCCAGAACCAGCCAUGAUACCUGUUGCUGUUGAGCCUGAUGAAUCACCAGUUCACGGCAAAGAGGAUUCCUUGAUCAGAAAACCAGCUGCCUCUCGGGGUGUCCCUCAUGCAGGGAUCAACGAUGACAUGAUGGAUGAUCUUGAUGAGAUGAUAUUUGGCAAGAAAGGUGGGAGCUCCUCAGAAGGAGGGCAAGAUCCAAAGAAACAGCUGCCACCGUCAAAGGAUGACCUGAUCAGCUUUUGAGCCGCUGCUAAAAGCUUCUGAUUCCAUGUCUAUUUAGGUGUUCAUUGUUGGAGACAUGGAGUUUGGUGCUUUACAAGUCUCAAAUUCAUGAACAUUAAUCUCUUUGUUCCCUGUUUUCUCAGUACAUUUGACCAUUGUUUUCUGCACAUCUUGUGUAAUUAAUUUCUGCUAGAUUUGGUUCCGUAGCAACCUGAUGGGAGUUGUAUAAGUAACUAUAUACAGUGUUAUGAGUAUGUUCUGUGCACCCUUCAACUUA